GUGGGGGGGCUGAGGGAUUUCCUCCCCCCUAUUGUUCUCGUCCCUCCGCGCCCCCCGUUAAUCCCCCCUCAAUCUGGGGCGGGGGGACCCCCCCAGUCCCGCCGGUCCAUGGUGAGGCGGAGGCGCCGGCAGCACCCAGAGAAUGGUGAAUAACACUGAAGACCCUCAAGAGGCUUUGUAACGUCCCAUCCUCAUGUAAAGUAUGCUCAGAACUUUUCCAGUAGUCCUGCUGGAAACCAUGUCUCACUACACAGACGAGCCAAGAUUCACCAUAGAGCAGAUCGACCUCCUGCAGCGCCUGAGACGCACGGGAAUGACCAGGCAUGAGAUCCUGCACGCCCUGGAAACCUUGGACCGUCUUGACCAAGAGCAUAGCGACAAAUUCGGGAGAAGGUCUGGCUACGGAGGCGGCUCCUACAGCAACAGCACCAACAACGUCCCGGCGUCUUCCUCGACGGCCACGGCUUCCACGCAGACCCAGCACUCCGGGAUGUCCCCGUCCCCGAGCAACAGUUACGACACCUCCCCACAGCCUUGCACUACGAAUCAGAACGGGAGGGAGAGUAACGAGAGGUUGUCUGCCUUCAAUGGGAAGAUGUCACCCACCCGCUACCCCUUGGCCAACAGCCUGGCCCAGAGGUCCUACAGCUUCGAGGCUUCCGAGGAGGACUUGGACAUCGACGACAAAGUGGAGGAGCUGAUGAGGAGGGACAGCAGUGUGAUAAAGGAGGAAAUCAAAGCCUUCCUCGCCAACCGGAGAAUUUCCCAAGCAGUUGUUGCACAGGUAACAGGUAUCAGUCAGAGCCGGAUCUCCCAUUGGCUGUUGCAGCAGGGGUCGGACCUGAGUGAACAGAAGAAAAGGGCAUUUUACAGAUGGUACCAGCUUGAGAAGACAAAUCCUGGGGCUACACUAAGCAUGAGACCCGCUCCCAUCCCAAUAGAAGAGCCAGAAUGGAGACAGACGCCUCCCCCAGUCACAGCUACCUCUGGGACCUUCAGACUACGGCGAGGCAGUCGGUUCACGUGGAGAAAGGAGUGCCUGGCUGUUAUGGAGAGUUACUUCAAUGAGAAUCAAUAUCCCGACGAGGCAAAGAGAGAAGAAAUUGCCAACGCCUGUAACGCAGUUAUACAAAAACCAGGUAAAAAGUUGUCGGAUUUGGAGCGAGUUACCUCCCUCAAAGUGUACAACUGGUUUGCCAACAGGAGGAAGGAGAUCAAGAGAAGAGCCAAUAUCGAAGCAGCAAUCCUGGAGAGCCAUGGAAUAGAUGUACAGAGUCCAGGAGGUCAUUCCAACAGCGACGACGUGGACGGCAACGAUUACUCGGAGCAGGACACUUGGCAAGUCCGCAAUGGAGAGGAGGAGGGACGAUGUUCCGAGGGAGGCAGAGAAGCAGAGAAGGAUGACAGCACUAGCCAUAGUGACCACCAAGACCCCAUUUCCUUAGCCGUGGAGAUGGCAGCAGUCAACCACACCAUCCUGGCGCUGGCCCGGCAAGGAGCCAACGAGAUCAAGACAGAGGCUCUGGACGACGACUGAUGCCAAGAAAGGGGAGGGUCAAAGCAAGAAGUAACUUAGUUUUAGACGUAGCACCUUAGCAGACUUUCCUCGGUCCUUAAUAUGUGUUCUUACAGUAUAACUUUGCAGUUUCUUGUACGUCAGUUAGCUGUUAGGGUCUUGUUCUGUGAAGAUGGCAUGGUGCCCUCAGCCUUUGCAUAUACUCUCUCAGUAUUAAUUCCCAGUAAAUAAUCAAUCAACCAACCAACCUCCCUCUCCCGGCCCCCAGUGGCUAGAAAGGUAAAAUCAAAAAACAAAAAAACAAAAAAACAAAAUAAUCAAAAAAAAAAAAAAAAAAGGAAAAAAAUAUAUCUUGCUGCUCUGUCUUAGCAUUCAAAGUGCUUCCAGGUAUUUUAGACAGCCCUCAAUUACAAGUCUUAGGCUACACUUAAAAUCUUGGAUAACCUUAGAGAUGGUGUUGAAACCGAUAGUCCGUACGCUUUCCCUGCCCUGAGACUGGAAGGAUGCAAGCUGAGGUAGUGGCACAGGGUGGAUGGACACCAGACCGGGAGUAUCAACAGAGAGUAAAAAGAACACUUAGAAACCCCACUCCAGCAUGGGAAUAAAUGAUUUCCAGCUGCAAUAAGCCGUGCCUCACUGGUCAUACAGUGACUCCGUUUACUUCCGGGUGCUGUGCUGAGAAUGUCCAUUGGAAACACAUUCCCACAUUUCGGUUGAUGCUCACAUAUUCAACACAGACAUCCUCUACUCUCACAAGCUGCCUGGCUUAGUGGAGAAGUGCUGCCUUCUGCCUCUGGGACCAUGGUUGAAGCCCAGCCUGGGAUCAAAUGAAAAAUGAGCUGAAUGUCUAAUGGACAACAGUCCACUUCUCAGAACCACUGCGCGUUCUUGGCAUGGCUGGCAGUGCCUGCUCAGAAGAGGUCUAGACUCUUACCCAUCUGUCAUUAACAAUUUCACCUUUAAUUCCUCCUCUCUCACCUUUUCUGUCCCCACCCUACUCCCCUCUCCACUUUGCCACUUUCGAAAGCAAUGUUUUCCAGGAAGGUUGUUAAGGUCCUGAAAUGGGUGAGUGGAUUUUCACACGCCUGUGUAAGUAAUGCCUACGUCCCGACUAGCCUGAAAGGUUGCUGGAGAAUUUGACAUCUGACCUUUGCUAGAUAACCAUCAGAGCAUAAAUAUUCUCCUAAAUAUGAACUUUUUUUGUUGGUUUGGAGGCAGGAGGAUCUCUUACCUGAGAAAUGGGGUGUGAAUGUUUUGUGUUCUCUUUACUCUGUCUUUGUUAAGGUGUGAGAAAGCUAUACUGCUACGAGCAAUUUAAUUAAUAAUUGGAAGCCAUACUGAUAAUGGAUGUGGUAAUAUUUGUAAAGCAAACCUACUCUAAGUAGCAGGAACUAAUGGAAUUGUUUUCCUUGAUCAUAUGUAGCACUUUUGUUACUUUUUUCUUAAAGAUAUUUAUAUUUGAUAAGUCUUUUUUUUAUCAUUUGAGAAUUCCAAAUACCAAACAGCAAACUUGCAUUACAGAGUCACCCUGCGAUCACCUUGUCAUCUAGUAUCUAAAUGAUGAACUGUGUGUGCAUCUAAGAAAAUUACAUCUGCUAGCAUUGUGUGGAAAUGAUCUCCUGGCAUCCUGAUAAAAUGAUAUGUUGCUGCCGGUAAGAGGAAACAUUUUGAUGGAAACAGCACGAGAAGCGUUAGAGACGGGCAGGGCUGUGUUACAUUAACAGAGAACAAAUUAAAAACCUACGGAAAUUUUCGUGUAGAGGCACAUACAUAAAAGUUUGCAUAGCGUUUCCUCCACAUUCCGCUUUAUCUUCCCAGUUGGUGUGGGAAUAGCUUAAAGAGGGGAAAACAGCUCAGUCUGAAGAAUGGGUUUCCCUUUGCUCCCCUCCACUUCCGAGGUGGAGCGAAGGGAAGUUCCCGUUACUCGCCUUGUUCUCAUCCCUUCCUCCCUCUUAACUCUCAGUGACCCCUCCAGAGCGGCUCCUCAGCAGGUUUUGAGCCAGGCUGAGCCCUCCAGAUCAGCUUCCCCCGUGUCCAUGUGGAGCAAGCUGCUCCCCCAAGUGCCGAGGAGAUGCUGUGCUCAGAGGGCACCGCCCUGCCACCUCUUUGUCCCUUGGAAAAUCUAUAGGUAGGGCUUGGCCUUGACUUCCACUUAUGGAUUUCAUUGGAAAAUUUAUGUGCUUUCCUUAGGUAUAGAUCACUGGAGCAGAAUGAAGCCGUCUUUUUUUUUCUGUUUUAUUGCAUUUCUUGAGUAGGCAAAUUCAUGACUAGUGUCAGGGUGGACUCAGGAAAGGCAGGACUUGGAUCAGUGACCAUUGCACCACUGCAGUUAUUUUCUUACUGCCUGUAUGAAUGUUUUGGUACUAAGGAGUGAAAGGAUGGGGAGAGCUUUUAUUUCUAUUUUUGCACAGCAGAAUGAUCGAGCAAACUCGAGCCUUAGUGGAAUUUUACCUACUUAUUCAUUCCACAGUCACACACUGAGCUGACAAGCAACAUCCACGAUUUAUAGUAAGGAGAUUUUAAUAAUCGAUGACCUCUUUACGUUGGGCUUGCCACCACCAUUUGUUCUGGCUGUUUCAUUUUAAAAAGAACAGACUCAAACUGUUGGACAGCUGCAAUUUUAAAAGACAUAUUGCUUAUUGCUUACUAUAGUAUCUGUAAAAAACAAAAAGGGCAUUGUUUGAGGCUUUGCCUUUUAAGAGCAAUAAGGAAGAAUAAAAAUAGUAUUAGAACUUACAUAUCCUGAUUAUCGGUUCAUGUGAUGCAGGAUCAAAGUAACACCGCUGAAAUUGUGUGUCUGUACCAUCUAAUGUAGAAUAAUCUGGUCUUAAUUCUGUUUGUCACUGUCAGGAAGCUGCUGACAUCCCACACCAUUAUCUUCUCUGAAGGUUAAACAGGUAAAAAAAACCCUUGUGAGCAGAUCUUCCUGGGCUAUACAUGCCAGUUCUCUACCUUCCCACAUCAUCAUCUUACCAGAGAAAAUAUCAAAUAUCUGGGGAAUCAACCCCUUGGUUCUGUGGGGGUCAGUGUUUGGGGUGUGUCUGCUCUGGCUUCUCUUUGCGCAUCGGGAGGUACAAGUGGCACCUCAGAGGAAUGAGUGGGACCUCAGCUGUCCCCAGGGUGCUCCUGGCAGGUUGUUCCCUUCAUUCUGGAAGUUCACAAGGAGCCAUUUGCAGCUGCUCAAUCCCUUUUUGGUUUGAGGUGAAUUAUCUGGAAUGGGACAGGUGCUGAUGUGAUGGUACGGAGAUGAAGGAAUGUGAUCUGGAGUAAGUGAAAGAAUCGGUGGAGGGCGUGUCCUGGAAUUCAGGAAUCCUGGAAUUCUUUCUUUUGGGGGUUUUUCCACUAUAUGGGAGUCAUCUUUGUCUUUCUGUCUGUGGUUUUCUUUGGACAUGAAGCCUCGUUUUGGUAGCACUGCAAUGGAGUGGCAGUUUGUUGUAGCCAGGCUGGAGUCACUGCAGUUUGUUCUCCUUGAAGUGGCUCUGGUGUCAGAUCCGAGCUUCCUUUUUGUUCUGUGACCAGAGAAGAAGUUAAUUUAAGAAGCUCCUCAUCUGUGAUGGUCACAGAUUGCUUUUACCUUCGUAGAGUGAGUUCUGGCUGAUACUUUGUCCCUCAUAAAGUCCUUUUACUUGAGUUGUUGUCUCUGACCGUCUUGUUAAAACAACAAUUUCUACCUCUACUUCUUUUCUGGAUUGUUUUGGUGUAGGGUUUUUUUUUUUAGUUCCCCCACCCUUUUUCCUGAAGUAUGAGAUCCUAAACAUUUGCAAAAGCCUUAUGAGUUGAUAAAAAUCAGCAGAUUUGUUACCUGUUGAUCUUGUGAAUACUCUGUAGACACACGUGUGGUUAUAGUGGAAUCCUGUGCUGGAUGUGAGUCUGCAGUGCACCCUUGCAGCAAUUAAGGAAUCUCAUUAAGAGCCUUCAGGAGGUCAUGGAAAGGUUAAUAGACCCCUCUGUCUAUCUUUUGUGGGACCAUUGUGUGGGCAGGAAGGGGGGAGAUGGAAGCACAUGUCACAUAGUGGGAGAUUGCAGGAGCUGGGAUUGUCCAUGCUGGGUCACAGUACAUCCCAGAUUUUGGGUGUUAACUGUCUUAAUAAAUCAGUUUUAACCUGGGGGUCCAGUGCAGGGUCAGGAGUUGG